UUAUUAAUGACUACCUUAAGCUGUAAAGGUACACCAACAAAUCACCUAGAGUAUCUGCGAACUGAACCCAGGUCUCCUGCAUGGCAACACAGGAAUUCUACCACUAAACCACCAAUGCUCACACAUCUGGGAUGAGCUCCCUCUCUCCCUGAAUUCAUGCUCCAGCACCCAAAGCAGCAGCUUAGGUGAGCUCCCUAGUAGUCAAGUAGACAAGGCGCCAAGGCAGCAGAUCGCCUCCAGGAGUGGGUCUGGAAGGAUUUUAUCCUAGUCUUGCCACUUGCCCCCAGCCAAUCCAGCCCAGGGAGCAAGACAGUCAGUCCCUCCCGGGGCAGUCAGACAACUGUCCUUUCCAGGGGAGGAGCUGCAGGUUCAGUGGCCUUGGGGUCAAGGUUUGCAAAGAUCCGUUGUGCUUGGGUCAAGCACCAGCACGUCAGCGGCCUACACGUGGGCUGCAACCUGCCCCCGACCAGCUGGAGCACGCAAGGGGUCUCACCCCACGGCCCGCGCCUUGCUCUCCUCCGCGGCGUUCCAAGACGGGGACAUAGAAGGGGCGUGACGCCGGCGAGCGGGCGGAAAUGACGUGUUCUGUGGGCGGAAGCGGUUUCCACGUGAGCUGACGGAAGCGCGGUACCAGCGGUGGAGGCGGCGCCCAGGAGUCUUAGGGGAGGCCGAAAGAGCAAGAAAGCAUGAUGUUGUCAAGACCGAAACCUGGAGAGUCUGAGGCGGACCUGCUGCAGUUCCAGAACCAGUUCCUGGCAGCCAGGGCAUUCCCAGCAGCGAAGGUUGUGAAGAAAGCAGACAAGAGGAGAGGGGAUUCAGGGAGUGGAGAUGAUGGGAGACCCCCACUGCAGGACAGCAAGGAUGUGGUGAUGCUGGAUGAUUUUCCUGAUGAACCCCCAGCCUUAACACCAGCCCCUCCAAAGAAGACCAAGUUAAAAAAUGCCUCUGUCCACUUUGAUGGUGAGGAUUCAGCAGAUAUACUGGAGAGCCAUGAUCAACACAUCACAGUAGUCUUCAGCAAAAUCAUUGAACGAGACACAAGCACAGCAGCUGUGACCAUGCCAGUGCCCACUGGAGACCCAUUUCCUAGGACAUUUCAUCGCUCUGAAGUAAAAAGCGAGGUGAGGUUGGGAUCUGGAAGGAAAAGUAUCUUUGCACAGAAGAUAGCAGCUAGGAGAGCUGCUGAAGAGGCUGUGACAGCUCCACCUGCUGUUGAGAUGAGACGUGUGCACACAGAAUUAAUAGUUCCUAGUGCCAUGCAGCAGAUGGGUGGAUCGGUAAAGGAAGGGCCACUACACAGAGCAGAGAAAGAUAAACCUGGUAAUUUUGUGAGCACUGAGCGACCUUGUAUUAUAACUGGAGAGGGUCUUAGAAGCUUCAAGAGUGAGCAGGAAGCACAGACCAUCCACCGGGAGAACCUAGACAGGUUACAGUCCAUGUCCCAGGAAGAGAUUCUGCAGGAACAGAAGAAGCUGCUGGCUCAGCUAGAUCCCAAUUUAGUUGCUUUCUUAAAAUCAAAACAUGUAGCUGAUGGAGGUGAGAAGAAAGAAUUAAUCACAGAACAGGAGGGACCAGAGGAACCUGGACGCCAAGAAUCUGGGCCUGAGUCACAGCAUGGUGCAGAGGAAACUGUGGAAGCUUCUUCCAUGGAGAGGUCAGACAUGGAGGAGACCACAAGGGUUGAAAAGGACACUGGAACGGGAAUCACAGAUGACCUUCCUGUGAAGCCCAAGAAGGAAUGGGUCCACAUGGAUAAUGUGGAGUUUGAGAAGUUGGAGUGGAUGAAGGAUCUGCCCCAUCCCCGUCAGAGGAGAAUUAAAAAGGGAAUGCUAGCCAGGUUUAGUUUGAAGGGAGACUUGAUUCCUCCAGAUAUAGACUUACCUACUCAUUUGGGCCUACAUCAUCAUGGAGAAGAAGCAGAAAGGGCUGGCUACUCCCUCCAAGAGCUCUUCCAUUUGUCUCGCAGUCAGGUCAUUCAGCAGAGGACGUUGGCACUGCAGGUACUGGGCUGUAUUGUUCAAAAGGCCAAGGCAGGGGAGUUUGUCUCCUCCCUGAAAGGUAGUGUUCUGCGCUUGCUGCUUGAUGCUGGAUUCCUCUUCUUGCUGCGCUUCUCCUUGGAUGACCCAGUGGAUAAUGUAAUUGCAGCUUCCAUCCAUGCCCUCCAUGCACUGCUGGUGUCUCCUGAUGAUGAGAAGUACCUUGACUGGACUUUCUCAUGGUACCAGGGGAUGGCUGUGUUUCCCUUCAUCCCUAAUGAGGAGGAAGAGGAGGAGGAAGAAGAAGAAAUGAUGGAAAAGAGUCCAGGAAAAAAGUCAAAUAAUGAAAACAAACCAGAUCCAGACGUGGCCCAGUAUGAUGUCAUAAAGGGACUUUUGAAGACCCGAAUCCUUCACCGGCUGAGGUACAUCCUUGAGGUAGUGCGACCCGUCCCCUCAGUGGUGCUGGACAUUCUGGAUAUUCUCACCCAUGUAGCAAGGCACUCCUCUGAAGCAUGCAUUCAGCUUUUGGACUGUCCUCGGCUGAUUGAGACCAUUGUUAGAGAGUUUCUCCCUACCCGGUGGGAUCCCCAGGUGGCUGAACCAGGGCAGCUGCUUAUCAGCCUUCAUGGAGUAGCUUGCGCCACUGCCAUGAAGUUCAUUAGAGUCCUGGCAUCUGGAGGCAGGGAUGCAACAGCCAGACUGCUUAAUAAAUUUGAGCUAAAAAGUCGUCUGAGCCGUUUUAUAGCUGAGGAUCCUCAAGACCUUCCUCUGCAGAGAGAAGAAGCCAUCAGGCUUAGCACUGAGGCUUUUCGGCUAUGGGCAGUGGCUGCUGGAUACGGUCAGGCUUGUGAUCUUUACAGGGAUCUCUAUCCCAUGUUGGUGAGGAUUCUCCAGUCCCUACCUCACCUACAAAGCAGUUCCCAGGAAAACAGCCCCAUGUUUCAGCUUUCCAUCCAGCGAGCAGCAGCUGUGAUCACUCUGCUUACCCACGUGACUCAGACAGCAAGCUGCACAGCAGAGCUGCAGGCCCAGCUAAACAGUGGCCCAGAAGAUGGGGAGCAGAUUCCGCCUCCACCAGUGACCUGGAGUCAUGUGUCAGGCCUGCGACCUUUGCUUGAGACCAGUCUGAGGAGAUCUUUCCAGGAAAUAUCCCAACUAGAAACUUGGCAGGCUCUACAGCCUCUUACAACAGCAUAUGUCAUCUACUUAGGAGUUUAUUAUAGUGUUUGCAGCCAACAGCCGUCACUAAAUCCAAUCGAUUGCUUGGAGGAAUUGGAGCAUUUGACAUCUGAGGUGCUGCUGCCUCUCCUUAGCCAGCCAGCCUUGCACAGCAUGUGGGACCUGCUCAGGCCGUGUUCUGCUCUAUGCAAUCCCUUGUCUUGUUCCCCAGCACCAGAAUCUGUCUGCAGCAUUGUGUCUUUGAGUUGUACUGGAGGCAAACCCCCUAUGAGUUUAGCUGGCUCAAAGUCACCUUUUCCCUUCAUUACUGCUCUUCUUUUCCUCAUCAACAGUAUCACCCAAAUCCACAAAAGCCUGGUCAGCAAGUACUUCUGUGUGCUGAAUUUCAAAGGUCUCAAGGAUUAUCUGUGCCACAGCUGGGCCAAAGGACCACCCUCUGUAACUCCCUCAUCUGCCUGGAUCUUGCGGCAUGAAUACCAUCUGCAGUACUUUGUGUUAGCAUUGGCUCAGAAAAUGGCAGGCACUUGUCCGGAUUAUGCCCAGCAUGCCUCACUCCAUCACUGCGUUGCCAUGACGUUGUUAAGCUGUUUGUUGCCAGGCAGUGAGCAUCUGGCUCAUGAGCUCCUAUUGGGUCUUGUGUUUCAUCCAGAAUUUAUUCCAGAAGGGAAAGCUGGAGGGCCAGUUGCUGCUGAUUUCUCUGAUAUCCUUCAUCUGGGUGCAAGAGCAAGGCUGGUGCAGCCUGGCUCAGUGGCAGCAGUUUUUCCCAAGCCCAGCCGUGGUGUUCUGCUGGGAGAAUCAUACCAGCAUCUGCCUUUCAUCCGAACCUGCUACCUCUCUCAUUUUGUUCACUUGGAGCCUUCUCUUGCCUGUUCCCAGGCUACUUACCAAGGUCGGACUUGCCUCAUCCAAUCCAUGCUGCUUCCUCAGGUCAGAGGACCCAUUCUACCCUCUGACUGGCUGUUUUUUCCCCUUAUCAGCCUUUAUAAUAAAGUGACUAGUGCAGAGACACAGGGGGCUGUACUCAACACUCUUCCACCUGAUUUAGUGAACACUGUGACCCGGAAUCUGCAGUGGGUCCUGGUUCUGGAAACCUGGCGUGCCAGGAUACUUGAAAAUAUACCAGCUGCUGCCAAACUUGCACGGCUUAUGUGCGUCUUCCUAACAGGAGGCGAUUUGUUUCUAGAAGGACCUGUCCAUUGUUAUACUGCUGCCCUUCUCUCUCUGUACUGCCAGCCAAAGGCCCUGGAUUCUCUGCAACUGGAUGCUCCUCUCCCUGGCUUGGCUUCCUUCCAUGACCUCUAUAUCAACCUCUUGGAGCAAUUUGAUGGUGUCUCCUUUGGUGAUCCCCUUUUUGGAGCCUUUGUUCUUCUCCCUCUUCAGAGGCGUUUCAGUGUACAGCUCCGGCUGGCUGUUUUUGGGGAGCAUGUGAGCAUCCUGAGGGCACUGGGAGUGUCAUUCCAACAGUUUCCUGUGCCUCUGGAGCAAUACAUCUCCCCUCCUGAAGACAGCCUGAACCUCCUGAGACUGUAUUUCCGAACACUGGUCACUGGUGUGCUGCGCCCCAGCUGGUGCCCGAUCCUUUAUGUUGUGGCUGUGGCUCAUGUGAACAGUUUCAUUUACUCUCAGGACAGCACGACACAGGAGGCUGAUGCUGCUCGGAAAAGUAUGUUGAGAAAGACCUGGCUUCUAGUGGAUGAGGUAUUGAAAAAGCAUCUUCUCUAUUACAAACUGCUGAAUUCAGAGUGCCCUUUGGGCUUUGAACUUUAUGAAGAGCUCCCUCCCUUGAGACUAAAAUACUUGCAAAUGGUAACCAAGAAAGAGCCCAAUGAGAGCACAUCACCAUAGCAAAGCA